UUAAAUUAGAAUCAAGAGAGAACAACUAAACAAGGUGUUAUUAAAAAAAUUAUCAUCUCUAAAAAAAAUCCCACUUUAACUUUAAAAUUGUGAAAUUAAUUUUCUUACAAAUAUUAUUUUUCCUUCUAUUUAAAUAAAUUUAUUAUAAAUAUGACUAAGAAUAUUUACUCCAUCAAAUGAUGAACCAUAGUGGCAAGCACGUUACUUGAAAACAUACGUGUGUCCCUCUACCCUUCCAAUUCCCGCGAAAUUCUCUCUCCUCUCUCCCUCCUAACGGUCUCUCUUUCUCUCUCUCUCUCUCAUUCCUCUGUCUCAGUCCACUCAAACCACAACAAUGUCGAUCAAUUAAAAACGAACCACAACAACAAUUCUCUCAUUUUCCUCAAAUUUCGUCACCGUCAAAUGACCGAUUCUCCGCCAUCAACCACCGCAUCGACGCCAUCAACGGAGAUGAAAGCCAAACUCAAGAAAUUCCCUCAAAUUCAUCAUCAUUCCACAUGCGAAAAUUCAACCGAACAAAACGAAGAAAUUAGGGUUUCAAAUUCUGACGAUGAUGAUUUUUGCGAUGGAGAUGAUGAAGCGUCUCCAAUUGCUGCCUCUAUGCUUGGAUUGAAUAGUAUACGCACUCGAUCUGUUCCUACUAAUCUUCGAAUUCCGACGUUAGUUGGUUCGCCUCCGAAUAAUACUCUUACCACGGUGCCUGAAGAAGCGCCAAAGGAUGAAGGCAAGGGUGGGAGUGGGGAGAAGAGAGAGAAUGCUGCUGUUGCUGGGAGGAAGAAAUUUGUUGUUCCUGAUAAUAGCCUUUCUUCCACUGAAAUUAUAGGGAAAAAGGUUACUUGGAGUCAAUCAAAGUCACUUAAGUUUUCAUCCUCCCUCAAUUUUGAGGGAAAUGCUUCACUGAUCAAGGAGAUGCAGUCUCCACGUUUCCAGGCUGUUCUUCGUGUUACCAGUGGUCGUAAGAAGAAAACACCAGAUGUUAAAAGCUUUUCGCAUGAGCUUAACUCUAAGGGAGUUCGUCCAUAUCCCUUUCUGAAGUCCCGGGCAUUCGGUCAUAUGGAGGAGGUUUUGGUAAUGAUCAGGGCAAAGUUUGAUAAGCUGAAGGAGGAAGUCAAUGUGGACUUGGGUGUAUUUGCUGCGGAUUUAAUUUGUAUAAUUGAAAAAAGCACAGAGUGCCAUCCAAACUGGAGAGAAGGUCUGGAGGAUCUGUUACUUAUAGCUCGUCAGUGUGCAACCAUGUCCGCGGAGGAUUUUUGGUUUAAGUGUGAAACCAUUGUUCAGGAUCUGGAUGAUCGACGGCAAGAACUACCAAUGGGAACGCUUAAGCGAGCUCAUUCUCGCCUUCUUUUUAUCUUGACUCGUUGCACUCGUCUCGUCCAAUUUCAGAAAGAGAGUGGUUAUGUAGAAGAGCACAUUUUGAAUCUUCACAAGUUGAGUGAUCUAGGAGUCUAUCCAGAGCAAAUCCUUGGGUUAGAAAAUAUUGACUCUGGUACUACAAUCGUGGAGCAGGAUGAGAAUGAGCAGCUGAGGAAGAAAUCAGACAGACAACAACACAGUCUGACACUGAAACAGGACCAUCUCUAUAUUAGUAGCGCUGAUGGGACAGAGGUUGGAACGGCUAGAAGUCAAGAUUCAACGUCAAGUGGCUAUAGGAUGUCUUCUUGGAAGAAGUUUCCAUCUGCUGCUGAAAAAAACAGGAGAGACCCUGAUUCUGUUAGCACACCAUCUAAGGACCAGUCAGGGGCCUUUCAACAUAAAGAUGAACCAAUAGAAACUCCUGUGUCUCAUGCAGGAAAUACAGAUACAUCGCUGGUAGGAAAAGUUUCUUGGGGUGUCUGGGGCGACCAACAACAUAUUAGUUAUGAAAAUUUUAUAGUCUGCCGCAUUUGUGAGGUUGAAAUACCAACCGUGUUUGUGGAGGAGCACUCAAGAAUCUGUACAAUUGCUGAUCGAUGUGACCUGAAAGGAUUAACAGUAAAUGAUCGGUUGGAGAGAGUUGCAGAAACUCUUGAGAAGAUACUGGAAUCCUGGACUCCAAAAAGCACAAGCCCUGAUAUUACGAGAGUAUCCACCUCCAGUAUGCCAGAAGAGUUGGAUGGCUUGUCACCAAGGAAAAAUGACUUAUCCCACAGACUAUCUGAUGAGAUGCUUGAUGGCAUUCCUGAAGCUGAUAAUUGUUUCACCAUGGAUGAUCUGAAUGUUUCGCCAGGCAUUUCAUGCGAUACACAUUGCUCUGCUGAUGUCAAUAAGAAGACGUCAUCAGCGGGAAGCUCGACACCAAGAUCGCCAUUAACACCUCGUACAAACCAGAUAGAAUUGCUACUGCACAAGAGAAGAACAAUAUCUGAGCAUGAAAAUAAUCAACAGAUAAAGAAGCUACUGGAUAUUGCUCGUUCUAUUGCUAGGGUGAACAAGCAUGAUUACAGCACAUUGGAGUAUAUGAUUGAUCGUCUUGAAGACCUUAAGUAUUCCAUUCAGGAUAGAAAGGUGGAUGCUCUUGUUGUUGAGACAUUUGGGAGGCGCAUUGAGAAGCUUCUGCAGGAGAAAUAUGUCCAACUAUAUGCCCAAAUAGAAGAUGAAAAAGUUCACCCAUCUCAGACAUUGGCAGAUGAAGAAAGUCCAGUGGAUGAUGAUACAAUACGAAGUGUACGAGCAAGUCCAAUUAAUCCAAGUACCAAGGACCGGACAUCAAUAGAAGAUUUUGAAAUUAUUAAACCAAUUAGCAGAGGAGCAUAUGGACGCGUUUUCCUUGCUAGGAAAAGAGCAACCGGUGACUUAUUUGCUAUAAAAGUCUUGAAGAAGGCUGAUAUGAUCCGUAAGAAUGCAGUAGAAAGCAUACUGGCCGAGCGUAAUAUCCUAAUUUCAGCUCGAAAUCCUUUUGUGGUCAGAUUCUACUACUCUUUCACUUGCAAAGAAAAUCUUUACCUGGUGAUGGAAUAUUUAAAUGGAGGUGACCUUUAUUCUUUGCUAAGAAAUCUUGGAUGCUUAGAUGAAGAUAUGGCUCGUGUUUAUAUGGCUGAAGUUGUUCUUGCAUUGGAGUACUUGCAUAAGCUAAACGUUAUCCACAGAGAUUUAAAGCCUGACAACUUGUUGAUUGGCCCUGAUGGUCACAUCAAGUUGACAGAUUUUGGGCUAUCUAAAGUUGGUCUUAUCAACAGUACUGAUGACUUAUCAGGUCCAUCAGUUAGCAGCUCUGGUUUUCUGGGUGAUGAGAAAUCUGGUUCUUCGUUGAACCAAUCUCCAAGGGAACAACGCCAGAAACACGCUGUUGUUGGGACACCUGAUUAUUUGGCUCCAGAAAUACUUCUUGGCAUGGCACACGGUGCAACUGCUGAUUGGUGGUCUGUAGGUGUUAUUCUCUUUGAGCUGCUUGUAGGAAUCCCACCAUUUAAUGCAGAAAAUCCUCAGAAAAUUUUUGAUAACAUUAUGAACCAUGACAUCCCAUGGCCCAAGGUACCUGAGGAGAUGAGUUAUGAAGCAUACGACUUUAUUAACAAAUUAUUGAUAGAAAAUCCUGUUCAACGACUAGGAGCCACUGGGGCCACGGAGGUAAAAUUACAUCAAUUCUUCAAGAAUGUUAACUGGGACACCCUUGCAAGACAAAAGGCCAUGUUUGUACCUUCAACUGAAGGUGCUUUCGAUACUGGCUACUUUAUGAGCCGCUAUGUAUGGAAUCCAGAGGAAGACCAUGUAUUUGGAGCUAGCGACUUUGAUUACAUGUCUGAGAGUUGCAGUGAUACUCUUAGCAGUGGAUCCUUGAGCAAUGCAGCAGAUGAAGAAAGAGAUGAAUGCGGUAAUUUGGUAGAUUUUGGUAAUAGGGAACUCACUGUGAAGUACUCCUUCAGCAACUUUUCGUUCAAGAACCUCUCAAACCUGGCGUCUAUCAACUAUGAUCUGGUAGUGAAGAGCAUUAGAGAUGAACAAGAACAAUCUGAGUCUAACAUGCAAUGACUAGCUUGAGAGAUAUUUUUUUAGUCAUCUGCAACUUGUCAGAGUUACAAAUCCGUCAAUUCUUGUUAGACUUCAUGCUGAUACUUGAGUAAAAAGAAGCUGCAUUUUCAGACAUCAGAGGUCAGAAGAAGAGACUCUGGCAGUCGAAGAUGCAGACAGCAUUGGUCUACUUGGGUUCAGGAGCUCUUUGUUUGGAUUAGUCACCCCUGGAUCGGGUUUUUUCCGUCCAUUUUGGAGGUGCCAUGGUUGUAGUCUCCUUGUAUUAGUAUUGAGUUGUAGUUUUUAGGAAACGGGGACUUCUUGGUACCAUAAAUGUGGAUUAACUCCCUAUCGACCAAGUAUGAUCCCCCCUUGUAUAUAUAUAUAUAUGAACCUAUUGGAUAUAUGAAAAUUUUGUUCGUUGUUCACUUGAAUAUCACAUUGCAAGCUCAACACGUACUCAUAAACUUGUAAGAUCACUAUUUUUAAGGCAAAAUUUAAUAGGCAUUUCUAUGCAUUUAUCUUGAAAAUGACGUCUCUAUAAAUUAUUAAAAACGUCUAAAUGCUGAAAAAAAAUCUAAUAUACAAUUGAAA